GAUAUUCUCUUUUGGUUUUUAAUUUAGUUGCCGGGUGGGUCGUAAGGCAGCAGCACACAAUUGUCAUCACGUGAGGUCACAAUGGUUUCUGAUGGUUUCGACGACUAGUGAUUAGAACAGCGAAUGUUUUGGAUUUCCUGAGAAAUUCAAGCAUCUGCCGUGUUCUGCAAAUAAAAAUAUAAUUCGAAAUAUUUAAUAAAUUAAGCAAUUUUCAUUGGAAUAUUAUUCAAAAUGACAGAAUAUUGGUUAAUAUCUGCACCAGGAGAUAAAACAUGUCAACAAACAUGGGAAACCAUGAACAAUUUAACAUCAAAACAACAUUCUUUAUCAGUUAACUAUAAAUUUCACAUCCCAGAUUUAAAGGUGGGAACAUUGGAUCAAUUAGUUGGUUUAUCAGAUGAUCUAGGAAAAUUAGAUGCCUAUGUUGAACAAAUAACACGCAAAGUAGCAACAUAUUUGGGAGAAGUUUUAGAAGAUCAAAGAGACAAACUUCAUGAAAAUCUUUUGGCUAACAAUAGUCAAACGUCAGUGGAUGGGGAGAGCUCGAGCCCCGAAGGGGGUCCGGACACCCCGCCAAACACCCCCGUCACCCCAUCACACAAGUCUUCAAAGGAGCAUCACAAGCAGUGGAAGGAAUCGGAGAAAUGUGAACCAGAACCAGCCGCCUGUUUAGGUCAGCAUCAUUACCAGCGUCAUCAUCAUCACGAACAUCAUCAUAGUCAUAAACAUCACAAUCAUCCUUCUGAUGUUGAAAAAAAAUCAUCACAUAGUCCUCAAGGCAUCUGUGAUGUUAGAUCAUCAAAUGAUCCUUUAUCAGCAUAUUCGUGCUACCAUGCGCAUUGGUGCGCUGCUUCUACCUCUUCUACACCUAUUCCUAGUCCUACUCCUACGAGUCCGAGUCUUUCCCUUUCAUCAAACUGUAGCAGUGAAGGAGAAACCAGAUGGCAGUCGGCGACACAUCAUCGGACUACUGAGAAAGCAGAUCGAUCUACCUCCAAUCGCAAAUCGCUUGGCAAUGACGACGACGAAGACGAUGUGGACCAAAACAACGACCAAGACCAAGACCAAGACCAUAGUGGCAAUUUGCCCAAUCCAGGUGAUCUACCAUCAUAUAUAACUCGAUUCCAGUGGGACAUGGCAAAAUAUCCUAUCAAGCAAUCAUUAAGAAAUAUUGCUGAUAUUAUCAGUAAACAAGUUGGUCAAAUUGAUGCAGAUCUUAAAACUAAAUCUACAACAUAUAAUAAUUUGAAAGGAAGUUUACAAAAUCUUGAAAAAAAACAGACAGGAAGUUUAUUAACAAGAAAUUUGGCAGAUUUGGUGAAGAAGGAGCACUUUAUUUUGGAUAGCGAAUAUUUAACUACUUUGCUUGUAAUUGUACCAAGAGCAAAUUUCCAGGAUUGGUAUAGUGGUUAUGAAAAGUUAACAAAAAUGGUAGUACCACGUACUACACAACUUAUUACUCAAGAUUCUGAAUAUGGAUUAUUUACUGUUACUUUAUUCAAAAAAGUUAUUGAAGAAUUUAAAUUACAUGCACGUGAAAAAAAAUUCAUUGUUCGUGAUUUUACAUAUAAUGAAGAGGAAUUAGCAGCAGGAAAAAAUGAAAUAACGAAAUUGGUAACUGACAAAAAACAAUUUGGUCCUCUUGUACGUUGGUUAAAAGUUAACUUCAGUGAAUGUUUUUGUGCAUGGAUUCAUGUUAAAGCUUUGCGUGUAUUUGUAGAAUCUGUUUUAAGGUAUGGAUUACCUGUGAAUUUCCAAGCAAUAUUGUUGCAUCCUCAUAGAAAAUGUGCAAGACGAUUACGUGAUGUUCUUAAUCAACAUUAUGCUCAUUUAGAUUCUUCUGCUACAGCAUCUUCUGCUGCUCAAGGAACUCAAGAUAGUGUGGAUAUACCAGGAUUAGGUUUUGGCCAAAAUGACUUCCCUUAUGUGUAUUAUAAAAUCAACGUAGAUAUGGUUGACAAUAAGGUUUAAUUAUUAAAGACAAAUCUAUUUUCUUAAAUUUUAAAUAUUCUUUAAUUUACGUAACACAUACUUCUAUAACUCCAGGUAUUUAAAGCAGGUGCGUACGCAGUAGUUUUUUCUGUUUACAUGAAAUAUAAUGUUUUAUUUUUUAGAAUUUUGUUAUUUUUGA